AUGCAGAAAAGUGCAGGAGGUAUUACACGUCACUUGCUUGGAGGUUUAUGUUGUUAUCUAAGAAGAUGCAUAUUUUCCGUUUUAUCGAUCGGUCCUUUGCCGAGUCAUAUUUCUUUCAACAUGGAUGGGAAUCGAAGGUAUGCAAAGAGGAGAAACUUGGUAGAAGGUGAUGGACAUAAGGCUGGAUUUUCAGCUCUCAUGUCCAUCCUUAGAUACUGUUAUGAAUUGGGUAUUAAGUAUGUAAGUGUCUAUGCAUUCAGCAUUGGUAAUUUCAAAAGGAAGCCUGAAGAGGUUCAAACAUUCAUGGAAUUAAUGCGAGAUAAGAUCGAGGAGUUGCUUCAACAAGAAAGCAUUAUUAACGAAUACGGUGUUAGAUUACAUUUCAGUGGAAACAUGCAGUUAUUGACAGAACCUAUCAGGGUUGCUGCAGAAAAGGCGAUGCGAGUUACCGCCCACAACCAAGAGAGAGUUCUUUUAAUUUAUGUUGCAUAUACAUCGUGGGAUGAAAUCAUGCAUGAUGUUCAAGAAUCCUGCAAGGAUAAAUGGAAUGAAGUUCAAGCAUCCAAGGAAGAUAAAGUUUCCAAAGGUGAGUUUACAAGAAUUAUUCAGGGCCCAAAAAGUAAUGGUAUCGAUUUUCAUUUUCGUGAUUCAUGUAAAGAAAAUGAAACAAAAGCUUGUAGAAGUCUACAUGAAGGAGUGGAAGGCGCGGAAGAGAAAGAUUACUUAUUUGAGCAAAACUUAGAAAAACGUAGUGAUAGUUACAGUGAAGAUGAAAUCACACCUUGCAAUGAAGAGAGAAACUAUGCAACCUGA